AUGGAUGUACAGAUUUUGAACGGCCUUUCCUACAUAGAAACCCAGGGCCUACAGCAUGCGUCUCUGGACUCCUCCGGGAUCUUGAUGGACACCAAUGGCCACAUUAAGAUUGGCCGUCUGGAAAGAUGUACUGCAAGAACCAAGGAAAAGCCUCACCAUACAGAUAUGGUGGGUAGUAUUAUGAUGGAGCUGUUGCAAAAUUACACCAAGGACGAUGGCAUUGUUGGUAUUGACAAUGUGGAUCGUUGGCCCUCUGAUUCACCUCCUGUUACUUUCCUCUCCUCCACGACUUCUGCCAGCUCAUUGAAAUCUCUCAUGAAGGUAUGGCACUUCUUUUCCAGCGCAAGGAGUACUUCUGACAUUCUCUUGCCUUAA